CUCGACGUACAUGCCUUCUCAACUCUUCGCAUGUAACCCGUAGCAGCUGAGAACGCAGAACACAGUCAGCAUGGCCUCAGGAGCCAGCACACCGCGAUCUCGUUCGCGAGCCAAAAGAUCAACAACCAACCUCGCCAACCUUCGACUCGCACCUCUCUCAACCAAAUACGAAGCUUCUAAAGGCGACCUGCCUGUCAAAAGCCCUCUCAGAACGCCCUACGAUGCAGAGAGCGAAGCAGAAUAUGUCCGGAAGCACCCGAGCUAUCUACAAGGACAAUCUGCGCCCACCACACCUGGCAUAUUGAGCAGGAGCAACAGCAAGAGACAUCUAGGUGGUGGGCUGAGCAGAAGAGGCAGUCUCUACGAUACCGGCGAGGACGCAGAUGUGGAGAGCGAUGUCCCAAACUAUGCUUCCGGCCCAGGCAGAGAUACUCUACGCGUCGACAUUGGCUCUGGACAGAUUCCCAAAGCCAAAAGUGAAGCUGCUCUACACGGCCAACAACAUGAACGGGAUGCACGGAAAGCCGCACACCGCCUGUCUGGUCCAGGCGUACCUCUACAUCCGCAGCAACGAAACAACAGAUACAACCCUCGCGGUCGCAGAAGCGGAGCUGCGACACCUACGCAGAAACGCCAUGACACCGAUUUAUCCGCCGAUAGCUGGCUCACACACACGAGUGCCAUGACCAGUGCUCUAGUACGUGAAGACAAAGGUCAAAGUUGGAUGACAACGCGGCAGACAUCCACAUCCCUUGCUCCGCCUACCGACUCAGAAGACGAUGACGAGGAUGAUAAUUACGAAGAAAUGGCCGCUCUUGCAGCUAGUACGGCGAAGAUGCAGCAACAAAGUUCUUCAUAUAGCUACUCUGGCUACGCGUACGAAGGAGGCAGUCCUGUGUCAACCAGACAAAGUCGCAGUGCAUGGGGCAGUCGCUAUGGAUCUCGACCUGCUAGUAACAGGACAAGUCGCUUAGCAAGUCCUGUGGGCACCAGAACGCCAAGGAGAUUCUCGUCUGAUCGGCCUCAGAACGUAGGGUACUUUGACAAUUAUGCGGGUGGUGGUGCUAUGGCAGAGGAGGAUGAGCAGCCAGGGUUUGUGAAGAAGGAGGACACGCGUGGCGAAGAGACGGAGGAAGAAGAGAAAGAGAUUGCGAGAUUAAGCCAGACGGAAGGGUUUGGCUUGGGCAAUGUUGUUGAUAAAGUCAUGAAUUUUCAAUUAUUUGGUGGAAAUGAGGGGGCAGAGACGACAGACGAUGACGUUGAUCCUGAUGUUGCCAGAAGACCUGAGAUGGACGGUGCGGUAGGUGAAACGCCAGAAGAGGCGAAGAGGAGGAUGGAAGCAGAAAAAGAAAGAAGAAAAGAGGAGAAAGAUAAGUUGACGAAACAGCGUGCUCCUGCACCGCUAGGUGAAGAUGGCAAAACGGCUGCGGGAGAAGUGAGUGCAGGCUGGCAGGAUGCGAGUUGGCUAUUGAGCGUGGCAGCGAAGGCAUUGUUCUGAGCCUUUUGGCAAGUCCAAUGAGAGGCAACAUGAUUCGGCGCAACUCAGGAAAUGGAGAAUGCGUCAAUGGGAAAAUCAUUCCCAGCUUAUUAUAGCAAUAAUCUUGAACUACGACAUGAGUACGACACCG